AUGGGCGAGAGGGGCAGGCUCAGUAGCCACCGCUUGCUUGCUCCGUGCCUGCUGGUCACCGUCGCGGCUACCCGGAGGCUCUCGGUGGCGAAGGUGCGCUCACCGCUGCAGCUGCCCAGGGACACUCCCUGGUGGAGGCUCUUCAACGCCAAACCCGCCACGCCGCGCGAGGAGAAGCUGAAGCCCAUAGCUGCCGAACCCGACGCGCAGGCCCAGCCGCCCACCCCGCCGCGCGCGAGCACGCCGGCGGCCUCGGCAGCGGAGCCCGGCGCGCAGGCGCCCGCCCGGGCCGAGCAGCCCGACACCCACGGCGAAGCCCCGGCGCCGCAGCCUUCGGCGCGGCCACCUUCG